AAUACUAAACACUUUUCCGGACGUUGUAUUUCAAAAAUGACCUGUCUAAACCCCGACGACCAUAACUGCGACAUCAAAGACCACCUGCUUCACUUUCUAGGAUGUAUUAGGAUAGAAGACAGGGACGAUUUCUUCAAAUCUGAUCACGGUAUUUGGAAACAAGAGUUUGAGCACCAGAAAAAGCAUUUUCGUCUUAAUGACAAAGAGGCCAGCGAAGUGACUAGACGGAAGAGAGAAUCAUGGAAGGAUGACUGCGAUAGCGAAUUGAGACGUAUUAACUUCCUUCGGAAAACCCUAGCUGCGGAUAAGAAGGACAAGCAUCUGGUUAAGGAAGUGAAUAGCAGUCGGGCACGUUGGCAGAAGAAGAAAGGUAGACUUGUUACCGACUCGGCAAUUGACGAAGCCGAGAGAGUUGACGAAUAUGAGCCGGAGAAGGACAUCAGUGCACCCAUCAUACAUUUCAAGAAUGGACGCGGUGCAGAUGUGCCUAUCGAUGAAAAAUUGAACGGCCGUCGUGGUUGUGUGUGGAAUAAGUUUCCCAAUCAGAAAACAAUUCUUAGCGAUCUGCUUCACCACGAGAAGAACUUGUUACAUAAUGAGAAUUUCUCUUCUGAUCGGCUGGGGUAUUUCCACAUCCCUUCGAACAAUAUGAUCUGGGCCGAGCAUGCGAUUAGUAGAUAUUUUGGUGAAGAGAGACCAGACUACCAUGCAACACAGCGUGAAUUAAACCGACAAAAGAAGACAAGAGCUUACAUGGUUCUCCGGGAUCAAUAUUGGAAGAGUCAGCUGCAUGGGGGCCAACAGCAUAACCCACCACACGCGAGACACCUGAGGCCUCUCUGUGAAACAGUCUCUUCAGAUCCGGAGAAUGUAGACUAUUUCCCCAGAAACAUGGUGCUCUUCAUGCCAUAUCUCCAUUGGGAUAUUUCGAGAAGAAACGAACAAUUUGCAAUGGAAAUAGUUGAUAUAAUGGAGGAAGCUAAAGGAUUCCCGCGGCGUGAUGCAGAACGAAAUAGGGAGCCACAGGCAGAUAGGAACGGUGAUUCCGAGGUAUCUUCCAUGGGGGAGGAAGGACCGGUUAAUAAACCAUCAAGAGGACCCAUCAUGCAAACACUUAAACAGAAAUUUGGGUUCAGCAUGGGACAGCCAACCCAAGCCAAUAAUUGCCUCUCGUUUCCAGAGCCAGGGAAGCACCGAAGGACGAAGGCACGGAUAUUAACAAUGGGAAGUCUUCUAAAAGAGUUGAAAUUGAUCGAGAGUCGACUUCCAGUGGAUGGAAACGGUCGCGUUCGGGCUAGAAAUGCGUUGGGCCAGUACCUUCUCGACGCCGCGAGACUCUACGAAGGAAUGUCCAAUUAUCGCGAUAAGAAGCUCCUACGCAAAUACCUCUGCGCUGAUCCCCCAUUGCAUCCUCGUCGAACGCUUGAUCAAGCCUAUCAUUGGACUCUCAAUUCAACUUGGCAUCGAGAUCGGGAUCAAGUAGUGUAUCGUCACACUACGACGAAACCUGAAGAUUUCCAUAGAUACGACCACUACGGUAGGGUGUGGACAGAUCAUGAAGGAUUUGGUAUCAAAGGCAAAUGCGAUGAAUGUACGAUGAACAUUAAGAAGCUUUCUCGGGUCGUUAUGGUUGAUCAGCUAUGGAUGUGGAUCCUCGAUGCGAAGACCAUUAUCACAUGCUUCCCAAAGCGAUAUGGGGCUAAUAAGCAAGACACUUCUGCUAUCCACAAGUCAAUCAGAGUUCAUCUUCAGGACAGCAGUGGCGAUCAAAUCCGAACGGUUUUUGAUCUGGCCCUUGUUAUUAUUGACGAAUGCUCCAACACAUUCUUCGACAGAACCAAGACAGGGGAUCGACAGCCGUUAGUCCUUGAUGCCUUCUCGAAAGCCAUUGGCAACAUUAUGCAGAAGCAGACUGCUGCGUUCGAGAGGUUAUGGCGCUGGACCGAUGAAGCUAGUGAGAUCUACAGGUCCAAUACGAAUGGUGAUACUUCUGGACUCCAUGUCCCGCUUUUGGACAUCAAUCCCGAGGGGCAACUCGAGCGCGAAAUAAAAGAUAUCAUAGAGGAGUUGGAUAUAAUGAUACACAUUACUAACAUACACAAGAAGAUCCUCACAUCAUUCAUCGCCAAUGCUGAAAACAUACUCGAUCCAUUCGGGGACUUUGCCAAGAACAAGAAGCGCCAAAUGAUAAGCCGAUACCUAUGGGACAAGUCGAAGAACAAAUCAAAGGAUUUAAUGGCUCUUCUAGAAGCAAUCGAUAAAGAUGAUUGCAAUGAUCCUAAACUCAAGAAGAUGCGUGACGAUUACCACUGGUUUAAGCUUAAUGCCGAUGAGCGACUGAUGCAGGUUGAGGGGAGAAUCGAAGAGCUGAAGGACUUGCGCAGGAGUGCUAAGAACACUGCUGACGAUGUCAAAGAUUUACUGGGGUUGAAACAACAGCAAGCCGGUGUCGUCCAAGCAUGGCAAGCUGUCAAGCAAUCUGAAGAAACUAUUAAACAGGGUCGGUCUAUCAUGAUGUUCACAUUGGUCACCAUAGUCUUCCUCCCCCUUUCGUUCAUGUCAAGCAUUUUUGGAAUGAACAACAGUGCGAUAAAUGGCGACACAUCAAUACAAUUAGAAUUCGUGUAUAUGUUCUCCAUCUCCGCCGGAGUCAUCUUCAUCAGCUUAUUCCUCGCCUUCGGCAGCUGGAUCCGCGCUAGUGUAUUCUACGUGUUCAAAUGGCUCAUGACUUCACUCCUGGUAAACUCCGGCCUAUACAGCAUCUGGCUCGACAUCAACUGGCCCAGCAAGCGUCUCCACACCGAAGCGAACGAAUACUCCGACCGACUUAAGAAGAACGCGAAGAUAGCGAAUCUGGAACGCAGGCGCAAGAGGCGGGAACGGGACGAGGAGAAGGCUAAACGAAACGAGAAGAAUAAGAGCAAGAAUAGCCUUCUUCAGUUCUUGGAGAAUCCUUCGUCUUAUGAAGAGUAUGGAAAUGGAAAUGGUAAUGGUAAUGGCAAUGGCAAUGAAAAUGGUAACUCAACACCAGCGAGGAACGAACGCGAUGUGUUGUCGAUGGGACAGUUACGCAGGUUUACAAGCGGGGCGCGGGGGGAAAGGAAAAACGACAUUGAGUCGGGGAAUAUGUAAUCCAAACAGGGAGGCAUACAUCCCUCAAUCCUACUAUUAGGUAUCUAAUCAAUCU